AUGAACUUAGAUCCUUGGGAUCCUGAAAUACAACCUUACUUAUAUCCCAAUUAUGAUCCUUGGAAGGAAUGUAAAAUAACUCGUGUUAUGCAUACAGAAUUAAAAAAUGGUUCAGUUCGAAUGCUUGAUAAUAUAACAUCACAAUGUAAGUAUCGAUGUCUUUACAAAGAUGGUCAAAAAAAUUUCAAAAGCGGUAAAUGGAUUGAAAUGGAAAAAAAUGCAACGUAUUUCGAAAGUUGCGAUUUCAUCGAAACACACUGCACGCAAGGAAAUACAACAGCUUUUCGCUACAUUCAUGUUCAGGUAAUACGAUCAUCGCAGAAAAUAUUUCAGAAGGAGGAUAAUCUACAUCCCGGAGUAUUCAUCUUUAUUCUCGAUUCUACCUCAUUUUCAUCUGGAAUGCGAACAAUUGUGAAAACUAACCAAGUUCUCCGUCAAUUUUACGAUGCGACAACGUUUUAUUAUCACAACAAAAUUGGCCCAAACAGUCGACCAAAUGCUUUCGCUAUUUUUUCAGGAAUUCAUAUAAUUGAAUUAAAUGCGAAUCGUUUUCUCGAUAAAAAUAAUUCGAAACAUCCACAAUCCUGUGCAGAUGGUGUCAAAAUGAAUGAAACAGUAAUUUUUGAUUUUAUCAAUCAAAGUUAUGCAUCGAUAAUGGCAGAAGAUUGGCCGAGUACGUUCAUUUGGCCAAAUUGUAAUGGCUUUCCUAAAGCUCCAACCGAUCAUUUUGGAAGUGCUUUGGUGCUUCGAACAAAGGCUGAAAAAGAUUUCAAUGUUUAUUUCUAUAAAGGAGAAUGCCAUGAAGCCUAUCACAAAGUUUUGGAUUUUAUGGACAAAUUUUUAAACGAAUAUAAGGGAUUCUCGAAAUUUGCUUUAAUAUGGUUAUCACAGCUAGCUCAUAAUUCUGUUAAUGGAUUGUAUCGAGCUGAUAAGCAUUUUGCUAAUUUUUUUCGCAAAAAUGUUGACAAUUUGAAUAAUUCUUUCUUAUUUGUGCUGGGUGAUCAUGGAUUACGAUAUGGCGGAAUUCGAAGAACUGAUACUGGAUAUAAUGAAGAUAAUAAUCCGUUGCUUACGAUAGCAGUACCGCAGUAUUUACGUUCAAAUGAGCAGCUUAUUUUGAAUUUAAAAAGGAAUUCUCGAAGGCAUACAUCCCAAUAUGACAUUUAUGCAACAUUUUACGAUAUAGCACAAUAUGCAAGAAAAGAAAAUUUCCAGAAAUGGGAUGAACAUGAUUUCACCAAGGAACUUGGCACGAUAAAGGGUGGAAUUCGAGCAAAGAGUCUUUUAAGGCCCAUUCGAUAUGAUAGGACAUGUGAUGAAAUGAAAAUUUCGGAUCAGUACUGUAUCUGCAAAAAACAAUGGGAUAAAAUUGACGUUCUCAAUGAAAAUGCCACAAAAGCUGCGCAAUUCAUCGUCAAUAAAAUUAAUGAUUACUUGAAAGGAAAACAUGCGAAUGAAAAGUGCGAAGAACUUCGUUUAAAAGAAGUGAUUUCGGCAGAAUACACGAAGGAGCAAUCAUUAUUGAAAAUAAUAAUCAACGCAUCGCCAAGUGAAGGGAAGUAUGAGGCGCAAGUGUUGAAGAAGAAUGAUCAUUUUGAAAUACCUACAAAAAUCAUUCGAGUGGAUAGUUACGGUAACCAAAGCGAUUGUGUGACAGAUGAAGACAUUCGUCCAUUAUGUUACUGUCGGCAAUAA